AAACCGAAACCAAUCCAUAAAUAACGGAAGCUGAGAAAACGAUGCAACGACGCCUAUAAAACACCGGGUUUUGUAAACUACACGUCCGGCAAAUCUCCGCCUUCUCCUUCUCCUUCUCCCUCUCCCUCAAUUCUCCCUUUCCGUCUGCUCGUGUGCUGAUGUCGAGGUCGCCGCAGGAACGUCGCGAACGCGACAGCGAGGGAGAGGGCGAAGAGGAGGCCGUCGCCUCCGUAAGACACGCCGUGGGCCUCGGCCGCGGCACCGGUGGUCCCUCGUCGUCGCGGCCGAGGUUGUCCGCGGAGGCGGUCUGGCCGGAGCACUUCGUCGAGGCGGUCGCUGCGCGGGUCGCCAUCGACGCCGCGCGCAACGGCGGGCGGCUCGCUGCCGCUCCUGCCAUCGUCGCCGUGUUCCAGGUGUGCGCCACGUGGAGGGCUGUUUCCCGUUCUGAGCUCCUGUGGAAGGACCUGGCCGGCCGCAUCUGGUCCCGUCAACGCUCCUCGCUCCCGUCGUGGCGCGACGAGUUCGUCCGCCUCCACCGCACUGCCGCCAACUUCCGGGUUCGCCGCUCUGCUUACUCUCGUCUGCUGCCUCCCUCCGCUGCGCUCUCUUGCCGCCGUCUUACCCUGUCGGACCGCCACCUCGCCGCUGGCUACCGCGACGGCUCUGUCCGCUUGUUUGAUCUCCCCGCCGGUCGGCCGGUCGCCACUUAUCGGGCCGAUCCGCACCGCGACCGACUCGGACGCUUCUCUCAGGCUGUCUCGGGCGUCGUCUUUCUCGCUGAGCCCGAUGAACGCCUUGCGUUCGCUUCCCAGGACGGAGAUAUCCACGUGGUGAGCCUCGACGUGUCCGGAACCGUCCGGCGGGCUCACGCCGGCAACCUCGUGGAGGACGGAACGCUGGUUGACUUCACCGGAGACGAUCGCCGGUGGGUGGGCUUGUUCGCGGGGGUUCCUGGCCGGUCAUGGCACGUCUGGGACGCCGCCACGGAGCAGCUGGUUUAUGUUGGUGGAACCUUGACGGAUCCCGACGCCGUAUUGGGUUGGCACAUGCUCACCGACUUGUCCGGGCCGGUGGUCGGCCGCGUGAGGGUUGCCGAGCCAGAAGUUGCGGUAGGGUGCACUACUUCGAGCAUGGAGGUGGUAGACCUUGAUGAUACCGUGACGACGCUAAACCGGCUCGAUCUCCAACACGGAGCCGCCGUGGACUCGGUGGACGCGUGCGAGGGCCGGGUGAUGGUGGUGGACGCGCGAGGUCUGGCGAAGGUGCACGACGUGCUGACGCUGCAGGAGAUUUGCAGGUUUAGCACGUUGAGGAGGGCGGAGGAGCAGCAGCAGCAGCAGAGAGCCGUGGGCGUGGUAGGGUGCAUGAACUGGGGUUACGCGUUAGUGUUCGCUGCUCGCGGGUUUCGGGUGUGGGACGCGACGACAGGUGAGUACUUGUACAGCUUUAGAGAGACGAUAAGCGAGGCCGCCGCCGUGGCCGCCAGUGACCGAUACGUCGUUGCUUGGGCAGACGACACGGGAUUGCACCUGUGGGAUUUUGGAACCAUGUAAAUGGAGAAACGCAAGCACGAUCGGGUUCGAAAACUAGACAGAA